UCCUGCGCAUAUGGUCACUCUAACAGGGGACGUGCUUCGAGAAUAUUUUAAUUUAUUAAUUGAUAACCUAAUUGGCGCUUGCACAUGGACGGCAUAAACAAGUUCAACGAAUUUGUGGCGUUGCACAAGACGCAGCUGGAGUCCUCGGGGAUUCCGGUGCACUUUUGGCCAGCCCUUUACCGGAAACUGGCCACAGAAACCUUUGAUGCCGGCGAGGCGCUACAGUUGAUGCUAAUCGACUACGACGACGAUGAGGAGCAGAAUCCCGCCGAGGACGACGACAGUCCCAACCCGGUGUUUGCAUUGGGAGUGGCCCGCGAGCAGGGAAUAAAAGCGGAUGACCCGCGGGCCAUCUACUUGGUCGAUCAUGCCUGGACCUUCCGGCUGAACAGCGCUCGGCAGCAGUUGGAGCAGCACCAGCAGCUGGCGGACCGCAUGUCGGCCAUCACCGGCGUGGAUCUGGAGCUGGAGGAUCGGGUCGACAAGAUACUGCGCCGCCUGUGGAAGUACUGCCAAGCCUACUCCAUCGGCAGCGAGGGCCUGUCGGAUGAGGAGCGCCAGCCCAUCUGGUACGUGAUGGACGAGGUCGGGUCGGCGGUGAACCACUCGGACGAUCCGAACUUCCGGCUGGUGCCGCUGCUCUACCUGAACACCCAGACCACGUACAGUGUGCUCUUUCCCGUCCGGAACUGCGAGCCCGGAGAUCAGGUCACCCGCGAUAUGGUGGAGUACGUGGCCAAGGAGGCGCCGCAGCGGGCUGCCCUUCUUCUGCCCUGGCGCGAUGCCGACCUCACUGCCGAGAGUUUCCUGCAGGUGGAGCCGCGGGCGGAUUACUUCACCAGCGGUCACACCCCAGAGACGUAUCCCAAAGAUAACACCGAUCCCCUGUCCGCUAGGACACGUUGCGAUCCCCUGAAGGUGUAUGCCCAGUAUGAAGUGGUGCGUCAGCAUCUCACUUCGCCCGAGUUUGUACUGGUUGACAACGAAGACGAGGCGGACGUCCUGUGGCUUACGCACCACUUCAAGAACUUCGAGGAGUUCGCCGACCAGUCGCCGGGCAAGUUCAUCAACCAGUUUCCGUUCGAGUACGUGAUUACCAUCAAGGAUUUGCUCAGCAUUGUGGGCCGUCGGGCGGCCAAGGAGCACCACAAUGGCCAUACGCUGGAAACUUACCCCAGCUGGCUCCCCACCACCUACAACUUGUCCACGGAACUCAAGGAGUUCGCAGCGUAUUACCAAACGAGGGCGGCCAGGGGCCUGGACAACCACUGGAUCGUCAAGCCCUGGAACCUGGCCCGUGGCCUGGACACCCACAUCACGGACAACAUCAAGCAGAUUGUGCGUUUGCCGGCCACCGGACCAAAGAUUGCCCAGAAGUACAUUGAGCGACCGGUUCUCUUCAGACGAGAUGAAGUGGAGGGAAGCGUGAAGUUCGAUAUUCGCUAUGUGAUACUCCUGAAGAGCGUUAAGCCCCUAAAGGCCUAUGUGCACCGCAAGUUCUUCCUGCGCUUCGCCAACCAUCCUUUCUCGCUGGAUCACUUCGACGACUACGAAAAGCACUACACGGUGAUGAACUACCAGGAGGAGGCGCAGCUGCACCACGUCAAGUGCGACGACUUCUUGGCCCUCUGGCAGGAGCAGUAUCCGGAGAGCGAAUGGUCGACCCUGGAGCAGCAGAUCUGCCACAUGCUGCGGGAGGUGCUGCAGUGCGCCAGACAAGCAGAUCCGCCCUGCGGACUGGCACCCUGUGCCCAAUCCCGGGCGCUGUACGCUGCUGACAUCAUGCUCCGGUGGAAAGAUGAUGGCGAGAAGGUGAUGGAGCCGCAGUUGCUGGAGAUCAACUGGACUCCGGACUGCAAACGGGCCUGCGACUACUAUCCCGACUUCUUUAACGACAUUUUCCGGCUGCUUUUCCUGGACGAGGACAACGACGACAGCUUCCGACUGCUAACGGCGGACAAUUGACGAACAUCAAUCAAUAAACCGGGUUCUUGUUGCUUACUUA